CUUUGCUCUCACCAACAACAAACUCCUCCCACCAAACUCUUCUCACUUUUGCAUCCCCUGUACCCACAUGCAAUCAUCUAUACCUGCUGGGACAAACCUCGAUUCAACAUGAGCGGCAGGCUCAUUUCCGCACGCCUCGCCACGCUCGCGCGCCGAACCCCCUCAAACACGCCACGCCGUCUAUUCAACAACACCUCGACACAGCUUCCUACCGGCGGCUUACUCCGCAGCCCCGCGGGCAUCCGCGUUAUACAACGCCGAGCAUGGCCCUUUGGUAGCUACGCAUUGCACAAUGUGCCCGUCGCGCGCUCCAUAUCUUUUGCAAGGGUGAUUCCCAAAAUCGUAAGCAAGUUUGCGACAGUAGGAGCUGCCACGGGAGGCGCGGUGGUCGCUGGUGUUAGCUACGUGCAAUAUCAGGCCGGGCAAGCGGGCAGCUGGGCUGUGGACGUCUUCCAUCGGACCAAGGACGGGGCGACCGGAAUCGCUGGCGAGGCGCUGGAUACAGCGGGCGGCAUCUUCGACCAGGUGGGCCGGGGCUGGGAUAAGACGAAGGACGACCUGAACAAAAUUGAAAGGCCAGAAUGGCUGCAGCAACUUCUGACACCGGGAGAGGCCAGUAACGCAGGCGGUGGGCAAGGUGGUGGAGAGCCCCCGAAGGAACCGAAACAGAGCGGUGCUGCGACGGUCGCUGCAGGCGCGGCGGCUCUAGGAUAUACGCAAGACGAUGAAGAGACGCAAGAGAAUGGGGAGAAGAUUGCGCGCGAUGAGCAGAUGAUGAUGCUGACGAGAAAAAUGAUCGAGAUUCGGGGAUUGUUGCAAACGGUUGGACAAUCAGAGGCACUGACGUUACCGUCGAUUGUGGUUAUCGGAUCGCAAUCUUCGGGGAAGAGUUCGGUACUGGAAGCAAUCGUCGGACAUGAGUUUCUCCCCAAAGGUCAUAACAUGGUGACACGUCGCCCUAUCGAGCUCACCCUCGUUCAUACGCCCGAUGCACACGCCGAGUUCGCCGAGUUUCCAGCAUUAGGAUUGAACAAGGUCACAGAUUUCACUCAAGUACAAAAAACACUGACCGAUCUGAAUUUGGCUGUUCCUGCUAGCGAUUGUGUUUCCGACGAUCCAAUUCAACUACGUAUACAUUCUCCCAAUGUUCCAGACCUAUCUUUGAUUGAUCUUCCGGGGUACAUUCAAGUCGUGGGCCGUGACCAACCACCUGAGCUAAAGGAGAAGAUUGCGAACCUUUGCGAGAAGUACAUCAAAGCUCCAAAUGUUAUCCUUGCGAUCUCCGCGGCAGACGUGGACUUGGCGAACAGCACAGCCUUGAGGGCAUCGAGAAAAGUCGACCCCAGGGGAGAGAGGACGAUCGGAGUGAUCACAAAGAUGGAUCUCGUGGAUGCUGAGAGAGGUGCAAGUCUAUUGAGCGAUAGAAAAUACGCUUUGAGGCUGGGUUACGUCGGAGUUGUCUGCCGUGUGCCCUCAAAUGCAUCGAAUUCGAAGCUGUUCAACCGCGGCAGUGGAGAUAUUACAAAGGCCAUUGCCAAAAAUGAGAAGUCUUACUUCUCUAUGCAUCCCGAAUUCUCUCCAGAAUCUGAGCUGUCAAUCGGUACCGGAAACCUAAAGAAGAAGUUGAUGCAUGUACUCGAGCAGACCAUGGCUUCGAGCUUGAAGACUACUAGUGAGGCCAUUCAACGCGAGCUUGCUGAGGCAACGUACGAGUACAAAGUACAGUAUAAUGAACGCUCACUCAGUGCCGAGUCCUAUCUAGCUGAGUCGUUGGACGCUUUCAAACAUUCUUUCCGUAGCUUCUCCGAUCAAUUUGGUCGACAACAAGUUCGCGAGCUACUCAAGCACGAGCUUGAUCAGCAAGUACUAAACCUUCUCGCGCAACGCUACUGGAACAGGCCCCUUGAAGAUCUUACACCGCCACUUCCGGAAUUGGAUCCUCUCAGUCGCCUGGCUAAAGCAGAUCCUGAAGGCGAAGAUCAGAUCUGGAAGAUCAAGCUAGAUAGCUCGAGCGCUGCCUUGACGAAGUUGGGUGUGGGAAGACUCGCAACCAGCGUCAUUGCCAACUCCUUACAAGCACACAUUGAUCACCUUGUCUCGACUUCGCGGUUUGCGGCUCACCCAUUCGCACGUCAAGCAAUCACAGAAGCUUCCACUUCCAUACUCAAAGACCUCUCGUACGAUAUCUCCGAUGAGCUCGAAAUAUGCAUCAAGCCAUACAAAUAUCGCAUUGAAGUCGAGGAUAACGAAUGGGCAAAAGGGAGAGAAAACGUCACCAAUGUCUUGAAAGAAGAAUUGAAAGUAGUUGAGGCAGCAGCCAAGAAACUCGAAGACCAAGUAGGUGGAAGGAAAAAGGUCAGGGAUGUCAUGGCAUUCAUAGACCGUGUGAGGAACGGUCAGGUUGUACUGGAAGGGGAUGGCAUUGGCGGCGCUGGCGGUUUCAGUGCUUCGCUGUUGGGCAAAGGACGGGAAGCAGUUUUCCUCCGUGAUCGAAGCGAUAUGUUGAAGAUGCGUCUGCUUGCCGUGAAGUCGAAACAAUGCGCCAAUAAGAAGAACAAAUACAACUGUCCUGAGGUCUUCCUUGAUGCCGUGGCAGACAAGCUCACCACCACGGCGGAUCUCUUCCUGGACGCCGAGUUACUUUCCAAGUUUUUUUAUGCCUUCCCCCGCGAGCUUGAUAGCCGUCUAGGCCGCGGUCUUUCCCAAGAAGAGAUCGAUCGCUUUGCUCGUGAAGACCCAAAAAUUCGACGCCAUCUAGAUGUUGUCCGACGCAAGGAUCUCCUGGAGCAUGUAUUGAAGGAAAUGGAGGGCUUGCGAGCCCUAGAAGCAAGAGAGAAGAGGUCUUCGAGGAGGGAUUCCAAAGAAGAUAGACGAAGUAAGGGUUCGUGGAGUCUGUUUUAA